AUGGCAAAAAUACGAGACAAGGAUAAUACCGAUUGUUAUUCUAAACAGAACCAAAAUUGGGGAUCAAUUGUCGGAAACUUUGUUACGGGGAAGGGGGAACAUGCAGUUAGUUGGUUUACAUUUAGUCAAAAUCGAGAGGAAACAAAAGAUGAUGAUG